AUUCCAACCUUUCUUACCUUCUCUCUCUAUCCUCUUCCUCUUCCUCUUCGUUAAACCCUAUAUCAUCACACUCCAACACUCUACACUCUGCAAACUCUGAACCUAUCCAACGACGUCGUUUCACAGGGAACCAUGAACCCGUCCACCCUCACCCCUUCUCACACCCACCCUUCCCUUCUACUCCCUCCUCCCUCACCCUUCCGCACCCAACGCCGUCGUUUCAGAGUCUCCCUCCCUCGCUGCUCCUCCUCCGACGCUCCACCUCCUCCGCCGCCGCAGCGGCGGCCACCUCGGGACCUCAACGGAAUUGAGGUAUUUGUUGACAAGCUCUCGCCGCCGGCCAGGCUCGCCGCCUCUGCUGUAAUCGUUGCCGGCGCUGUCGCAGCUGGAUACGGAUUAGGGUCCCGGUUCGGCGGCAGCCGCAACGCUGCUCUCGGUGGCGCCGUGGCUCUCGGAGCUGCUGGCGGUGCUGCUGCUUACGCUCUGAACGCGACUGCUCCGCAGGUUGCAGCUGUGAAUUUGCAUAACUAUGUUGCUGGGGUUGAUGACCCUUCUAAGUUGAAGAAGGAAGACAUUGAUGCCAUUGCCAGCAAGUAUGGUGUGAACAAGCAAGAUGAGGCAUUUAAAGCUGAGAUUUGUGAUAUAUACGCCGAGUUUGUGUCUUCUGUGUUUCCUCCUGCCGGGGAGGAUCUUAGAGGCGACGAGGUUGAUAGGAUCGUGAGCUUCAAAAAUUCUUUAGGAAUUGAUGACCCAGAUGCGGCUAAUAUGCAUAUGGAGAUUGGUAGGAAGAUUUUCAGGCAAAGGCUGGAAGUUCGUGAGGAUGAUAUUGAGCAACGCCGGGCGUUCCAAAAGUUGAUAUAUGUGUCUAAUCUUGUAUUCGGGGACGCAUCAUCUUUCCUUCUACCUUGGAAGCGUGUCUUCAAGGUCACUGAUUCCCAGAUUGAGGUAGCUGUGCGUGAUAAUGCCCAGCGAUUGUAUGCUUCCAAGCUGAAAUCAGUUGGCAGAGAUAUUGAUGCAGAACAACUUGUUACACUUAGAGAAGCUCAGCGUUUAUGUCGUCUUUCUGAUGAGCUUGCUGAGAACUUAUUUAGAGGGCACACAAGGAAAUUGGUUGAAGUAAAUAUUUCAGUGGCACUUGGUGAGCUUAAAUCUCGCACAAGAUCAGUUACUGGAGUUAAGCAAGCAGUUGAGGAGCUUGAUAGGGUAUUGGCAUUUAAUAAUUUACUCAUCUCAUUUAAGAAUCAUCCAGAUGUAGAUCGAUUCGCCCGUGGAGUAGGUCCAGUUUCUUUAGUAGGUGGUGAGUAUGAUGGUGAUAGAAAGAUGGAGGACUUGAAACUCCUUUACAGAGCAUAUGUUUCGGAUGCUUUGUCUGGUGGGCGCAUAGAAGAUUCUAAGCUUGCUGGGCUAAAUCAGUUAAGAAAUAUAUUUGGACUGGGUAAACGUGAAGCAGAAGCUAUUUCACUCGAUGUUACAUCAAAGGUAUAUCGCAAACGACUUUCACAGGCUGUUUCAGGCGGUGAAUUAGAAAUGGCAGAUAGCAAAGCAGCGUUCCUUCAAAAUCUAUGUGAUGAACUGCAUUUUGAUCCAACGAAGGCCAGUGAACUUCAUGAAGAAAUCUAUCGGCAAAAGCUUCAGCAAUAUGUAGCUGAUGGAGAGCUCAGUGACGAGAAUGUUGCUGCUUUGUUGAGGCUGCGUGUAAUGCUCUGUGUGCCUCAACAGAUUGUUGAGGCAGCUCAUGCAGAUAUCUGUGGCAGUUUGUUUGAAAAGACUGUCAAGGAGGCAAUUGCAUCAGGGGUUGAUGGAUAUGAUGCAGAUGUCAAGCUAGCUGUAAGAAAAGCUGCGCAUGGCUUACGACUUUCCAGGGAGACUGCUAUGUCGAUAGCAGGGAAGGCGGUAAGAAAGAUAUUUGUUACUUACAUAAAACGUUCACGGGCAGCAGGAAAUCGUACAGAGUCUGCAAGAGAACUAAAGAAGAUGAUAGCUUUCAACACCUUAGUUGUAACUGAAUUGGUGGAGGACAUUAAAGGGGAGUCAGCUGAGGUUUCAACUGAAGAACCUGUUAUCGAGGACACUAGAGAAACUGAAGAUGAAGAAUGGGAUUCACUUCAGACACUCGAGAAAAUAAGACCGAACAAAGAACUGGUAGCUAAGAUGGGAAAGCCUGGCCAGACAGAAAUUACUCUUAAAGAUGAUCUUCCAGAAAGGGAUAGGGCUGAUCUCUACAAGACAUACUUGCUUUAUUGUCUAACUGGUGAAGUUACAAGGGUUCCAUUUGGCGCCCAGAUCACAACAAAGAAAGAUGAUUCAGAGUAUGUUCUUCUAAAUCAGCUUGGUGGGAUCCUGGGAUUGAGUGGUAAAGAAAUAAUGGAAGUGCAUAGAGGUCUAGCUGAGCAAGCUUUUAGGCAACAAGCUGAGGUAAUUUUAGCUGAUGGACAGUUGACAAAAGCCAGGGUGGAGCAGCUUAAUAAUCUGCAGAAGCAAGUAGGCUUACCUCAAGAAUACGCCCAAAAAAUAAUCAAGAGCAUAACCACUACAAAAAUGGCAGCUGCCAUUGAAACAGCUGUAUCUCAAGGGAGACUCAAUAUAAAGCAGAUAAGGGAACUUAAGGAAGCCAAUGUUGAUUUAGACAGUAUGGUAUCUGAGAACUUGAGAGAGAUCCUCUUCAAGAAAACUGUUGAUGAUAUUUUCUCAUCAGGUACUGGAGAGUUUGAUGAGGAGGAAGUAUAUGAAAAAAUUCCAUUAGAUCUCAACAUUAAUAAAGAGAAAGCAAGAGGCGUUGUCCGUGAGCUCGCACUUACUAGACUUUCUAACUCACUCAUCCAGGCCGUGGCACUAUUAAGACAGAGAAAUCGUGCCGGAGUGGUUUCUUCCCUCAAUGACUUGCUGGCUUGUGAUAAAGCAGUUCCCUCAGAGAAACUUUCAUGGGAAGUACCAGAGGAGCUUUCUGAUCUAUACUCUGUAUACUUUAAGAGUGAUCCAACACCUGAGAAAUUGUCUCGUUUGCAGUAUCUGUUGGGCAUAAAUGAUUCCACUGCAGCUUCUCUUAGGGAGAGUGGAGAUCGAUUACUUGAGACUGCAGAGGAAGAGGAGUUUGUAUUUUAGUGUUGUCAUGUUUGGCAUAGGCAUAUUUGAGAGGCCACGAGGCUUCACAAUUCUGCCAUUUUUUCUUUGCCAUUUUGUUUAACGGUAAAAAAUCAUCAUGAUAGAUUCUUGGAGUAGAGAAUGAGUGCAGUGUUAGAUGUUGGUAUCUCAGGUAACAUUUGUUGUAUUAUGACAAUGAAAUUUAUCGGUUGCUCUUUAAUAUGAAGAAAAAUAAGUUGUUAAUUCACAAUAAA